AUGGAUUCUCAUGCAUGGCAUGCUCUAGUGGGGUGUUUUACUUGUACUGAUAUAACCUAUCAAAAAUAUGCCUUAUACGUUUCUUGAUUAUAUUUCUUGUCGUUAACUGGACAAUGUUUAAGUAAGAACCCAACUGAGUAUACUUCAAACUCAGUUACAAAUAAUUGUGAUUUUUCAACAAAUUUAGUUGAUAGUCUAAACUUGGCAAAUCAGGUUUAUAUUAACACUGUUUCCAUUUUUAAUAUGAUUUCUUGGCUAAAUUUCUUAUGGCCGUUAUAUGAGCCAUUUUCAUAUGAAAUUUCAAAUUAUGAAUUUGCCGCACUAAAAUCUGCGUUUUGAAAAAUCUAUUUGGUUUUCACAUACCAAAUUCAAAAUGGCAUACAUAUGCAUGAUAAGAAAUAAAUGCAAGCAUUAUAUAAGUAUUGUGAUCACAAAUAUUUAUCCUGAUUGAUCUGAUUUACAUAGCCUCCACUGAUGCAAUUUUAAAAUAAUUUUAUAA